AUGGAUACACCGAUAUGUCAAUGUGAAUGCCAAGCACAGGUGAAUGCCAUAAGGCUCGUCUCUUUGGAGAUGAAUGAGAAAUCAGAACCGAAAACCACCCAACAACAAAACACUACUCAACAAAUCCCUAUAAUCGACAUCUUCUCGGCUUCUGCUUAUGGCGAUUUUGAUAAACUCAGAAAAUUUGUGGAAGAAGAUGGCGUCUCACUUGCAACACCUGACGGUAUCAGCCAUUACGCCCUUCAGUGGGCUGCUCCUAACAACUUCUCGGAUAUUGCUCAGUACAUUAUCGAGCAUGCUGGAAAUGUGAAUGCAACUGACAACCACCAGCAGACGGCUUUGUAUUGGGCUGCAGUUAGGGGUUCGAUUGCAGUGGCAGAUGAGCUCUUGCAAAAUGGAGCUUGGGUCGAAGCAGCUGAUCUCAAUGGUUAUCGUGCAGUUCAUAUUGCUGCUCAAUAUGGGCAAACAUCUUUCUUAAAUCAUAUUGCUGCAAAAUAUCAUGCGGAAUAUGAUGUACCUGAUAACUGUGGGAGGUCACCACUUCAUUGCAUUAUCCAUGGCAAGAACGAUAAUGCAAAUGUAAGGCUUGAAGAACUAAAAGCAAGGGAGAAGACUUUGAAGGCCGAAGCUACGACCAAUAACAUUUGA